AUGGACGUACACGCCAACAAGGAGGAUAUAUUCAUUCAACCCGACGGCAAUGCCAACGACCCUCCUACCGAUAAAGACUCCGACAAUGCCUUCAAUCCUGCAUUAUAUCUCAUCUGCGGCCCUCUUCUCCGCUUCACCGGCCUCGUGAACAACACCUGGCGAGGAAGCAUCCUAAUCGUAACCGACGAUGAACAAUCAACCUACACCCCCAUCCCCUCACUCACCCUCUCCAAAACAACUACCCCAGUAACAGACCUAAAGAAACUAUCUCGAACCGGCAAACCACUAUCCUUCAAACCCGCAACCGAAGUCCAAAGAGGCGUCGACUACUCAACCUUCCACGGCGAAGGCGGCCUCUUCCGGCCCGACUCCCAGCCCCAACCCCAGUCCCAGCCCGAGCAUCUACUUGAUCCAACUCAAUUCAACAGAGACAACGAAGAUGAAGAGGACAUGUUUAAAGUGGAUGCCGUGCAGAUCCACACAGAGCGCGGCGUGACGUUCUGGCGCUUUGAUCUGUAUAUUCCACAGGAUACGGGUGCGAUGCAGAUAUCGUAUCGGAUUAAUCGGAGCCCCUGUGCGCAGUAUUUUUGGAUACCCGCGGUCAUGGAGAAUAUGCAUGUUAUGUUUCAUAGCUGUAAUGGGUUUUCGGUGGGUGUUGAUACGGGUUUGUUUUCGGGGCCUGAUCCGCUUUGGAGGGAUGUUCUACGGAGACAUAUCUCUCCAUCCAACCCUGAUGACAAGGACCCUAGUCGCAACACCAACAACAAAAACAAUGGCAGGCCAUUCCACCUAAUGCUCGGCGGCGGCGACCAACUCUACACGGACGAAUCCCGCCUCUCAUCCCCAAACUUCUCCCGCUGGACAGAAACAACCUCCCUCGCCAAACUCCGCUCGCAAUUCACAAAUACCAUGCGCGAUGAACUCGAAUCUUUCUUUCUACAAAGAUACACCUGGUGGUUCUCCCAGGGCUUAUAUAGUGUGGCCGCAGCCCACAUCCCCAGCAUAAACAUCUGGGACGACCACGACAUCAUCGACGGGUACGGCAGCUACCCGCACCGAACCAUGGAGUCAGAUGUUUUUAAGGGAUUGGGUGGUAUUGCGUGGCGGUACUACAUGCUGUUCCAGCACCAUGUUAGUCCUGGCGCAGCGGCGAGGGGGGUUGGUAGUGGGAGUGGUAGCGGGGGAGGGGAUACCGCUGAAACCGGGGGGAAUGAUGGGAGUUGGGUUUUGGGGGGGAGUACGGGGCCGUAUAUUGCGCAGGUUAGUCGGAGUGUGUUUGUGCGGUUGGGGCCUGGGGUUGUGUUUUUGGGGUUGGAUUGUCGGACUGAGCGGACACGUUCCCGUAUCGUAUACUGGGAGACGUAUAAUGUUGUGUUUGAGAGGUUGAGGAGGGAGAUUACAUCGGAUACGAAGCACCUCCUCAUCCUUUUAGGAGUACCAAUAAUCUACCCUCGCCUCUCCAUUCUCGAAACCCUCUUCUCCUCCCGGCUAAUGACCCCCCUAAAAGCCCUCGGCCGCAUCGGCCUCCUCUCCCCAGCCCUCUUCAACAAAUUCGACGGCAGCGUCGAAAUCCUCGACGACCUAGACGACCACUGGACAACGCGCCACCACCGCACCGAGCGCCAAUUCCUCCUCGAAGCGCUCCAGAAACUCGCCGUUGAAAAAAACAUCCGCGUCACAUUCCUAACCGGCGAUGUACAUCUCGGCGCCGUGGGCGAAUUCUUCACGCCCUCCUCCAGCGAGCGGAAACAUCACGUGCGGUUCUGGAAGAGGAGGGAUGAGCCUAGUCCGCAAAAGGAGGGGGAUGGGCGGUACAUGGCGUGUGUGAUAUCGAGUGCUAUCACUAACAAACCGCCCGCCGGGAAGGUGGCAGAUAUUUUGAAUCGGGUUGAUCGCGGGAGGACGCAUUAUGUUGGGGAGAGGACGGGGGAGAAGAUGGUGAGUGUUUUUGGGGAGGAUGUUGAUGGGAGAGCGAGGAGGAAUAGGCUUUUUUUGCCGAGGAGGAAUUAUUGUGAGAUUAGUGAUGUUGGCGGUGGUGUUGAGGAUGGGGGUGUUGAUGGGACUGGCGAGAAGGAGAAGGCUACUGGAGAAGGGCUGGAUGUUCAACUGCAUUUUGAGAUGGAUACAGGUGAUCCGGCCGGUUGGACGAAAGGGUAUAAUUUACAUAUUCCCGAGUUUCGAGGGAAUGACUAG